UCGGUGGUCCCGGCCUCCCGGGGCCGUUCCAUCGGGGGGUCCCGCCGGUGCACGAAUUUGGUGUGUGGAAACCAAGGCGGAUCAGAGGAGCCACGGAUAUGUGCUCCCCGGCAGGCCCCCAAAUCCUGUACCGGAAUUCCCGGCUGCUCCGUCUGGCCUUCCUGCAGCUCCAUCGCCAGCAGCGGAGCGGCAGGUGGUGCGAUGUCCUCCUGCAAGCGGAAGGUGAGGCGGUCCCGGCCCACUCCUGCAUCCUCUCGGCCUGCAGCCCCUACUUCACGGAGCGCCUGGAGCAGGAGCAGCCGGCCCAGGGCCGCCAGGUGAUCCUGGAGCUCGGGGGGCUGAAGAUCGGGACGCUCCGCAAGCUGGUCAACUUCCUGUACACUUCGGAGAUGGAGGCCUCCCGGGAGGAGGUCCAGGACAUCCUGGCAGCCGCCCGCCAGCUCCGGGUCCUGGAACUCGAGUCGCUGCAGCUGGAGGGGAGCAAGCUGGUCAAGGCCUCCCAGGGCCGGCGCCUCAACCGGGAGUGCCUGCAGGUCCCCCCGGUGCCUGCACGCCUCCCGGACCCCAGCCUCCUUCCCCGCUCUCCGCUCCCCGUGGACCCGGCCCCCCGGCCCCCCGGAGCGGGGCGGUUAGAGCCGCUCGGCCGCAGAGGGGAGGGGCCCCAGAAGAAGGGCGGCCCGCAGGGCCCCGAGGACCUGCCAGGGCCGUCGAGGAGACGUCCCUUACCCGUGGGGGGAGAGGAGACCGGCGCCAAGGACCAGGCGGGAAGCUUCUCUCUAGGCGACCGGAGUCAAGCUUCCUGGGCUGCCCCGGUGCUCUCCCCCACCACGUUCUCCCCCCCCGGCCCCCCGAUCUUCUCUCCGCCCAGCCACCCGGCGCUCUCCCCGCUCAGCCCGUACUCCCCGGGGAACGACCCGCUGCUACCCAGGAAGAUCAAGCUGAGCCGCUCGAAGCCCUCGGCCGGGGCCGGGCCGUCCCGGUCCCCUGGGAGCGCCUCGGGGAGCAGCCCCGCCCGGCCAUCGGCUAACCGGCGCGUCUGGCGGAAGAGGGGCGUGAAGACGGAGGAGGCCGAGGAGAGGCGGGAGCCGGGAGGAGCCGGCCCUCAGUGGGACAGCCGGAAUCCCCCCGACAGCGGGGAGGCCAAAAAGCGGAGCCCCGAGGCCCGGGCGGCCGGUGCCGACCCGGCCGAGGAAGGGCAGGUCGGGCGGGUGAAGCUGCGCAAGAUCGUCAACGGGAGCUGCUGGGAGGUGGUGCAGGAGCCGCCUCCGGGAGACCGCGGGCCGGGCGGGCGCCGAGAGGCGGCCCCCGGGCCGGAGCCGGCGGACCCCUCCGGCCGGAGGGGCUGGCGCGGCCUCCGGGACCCCCCGACGGCGGAGCCGGGGCCUCCCGACCUCCUGCUGGAGUCCCCGGAGGGUCCCUCUCCGGCCCGGGACGGGGCCCGGCCCGACUCGGCGGCCCCGCCGUUCCUGGGAGGGGGGUUCGGGGAGCCCUUGGAGUUGGACGCGGCCCCGCCGGACCCGCCUUUCGAGGCAGAGGAGUACCGCAUCACCAGCGCCGCCGCCACCAUCGAGCUGGAGGAGAUCCUGGACUUCAUGCUCUGCGGCAGCGAGCUGGGCGCGAUGGGAGACGGGCUGGAGCUCCCCAGGGAAGGGAGCGCCGAAGCGGCCCCGGCCUACCCUGGGCCGCAGGGCCCGGAGACCUGGGGGCAGGGGGAGGAAUGGUUUCUGCCAGACCUGGAGCUGUGGCACAAGGAGUUGGUGGGCCUGGAGGGGCCCUGCGCCGCGGAAGGGGAAUCCGUGAUGCUCCCGCCCUUGAGUCCUCUGGCCCUGACGCCCAGCGCGGAUUUAGGGGAGAUGCUGCCCGCGGCUGCCGGGUGGACCCCAGGGCCCGGCGUGGAGGCGGCGGGGGAGAGGGGAAUAGUCGAGGCGGGGACUCCGGCCCACUCCCCGCCCGAGCCCGACGCGGGACCGGCCCCUGCGCCCGGCUCCCGCCGGGCGGCCGCCAGAGGCCAGGGGCCCCCCGCGGCCCCCGGGCCGCCCCGGGCCGCCCAAGGGGCGGCUUCGGCCCCGCCGGCGGGGGAGCCCGUCCCGGGGGCAGGCGGCACCACGGAGGGGCGGCCCCUUCCCUCCGUGGAGGAAGACGAGGAUAUCGACGUGGUGGACUGGGUAGCCCAGGUCGGGCUGGUGCCCAUCAGCGGCCCUUGCGUGUGGCCCGACCCUUCGUCGGAGUCCGAGACGGAGGUAGACGUGCUCACCUAGUCGGUGGGCGAGGCGGGUCGGGGUGCGGGGGAGGCCCCGGGUUGGAGCCGGGGCCGGUAGGAAACCGCGGAGGCAGGGGAAACGGCCCCGGCUCACCCGGCGCACCGGGAGGCCGCCGCAAGAGAGGUGGUCCCGCGGCUCCUUCCGGCCGCCCCUUCCCGCGCGCUCCGACCUGACGGGAGAAGGACGAGGGCUCAGACACCAAUUAGAGACUCCCCCCCCCCCCCCGGCCCCGUGGCUGGUGUUCCCCGGACCCGGGUCGGGGGGACCGGGGAGGGUCUACACGCCCGUUCCCCACUCCCCCCAUCCGAACACAGAGGAAGAGGAAGGGACGGAGCAGGGCGGGACAACGGCUUCGCGCUGCUCUCACACGGUGCCCUUUCCGCGCUGCCACUGACUCGGGGAAGAGGCGGGAAGGGCAGUCCCGUCCACGGAGGGGCGGGUGUGCAGGACGGCAACCGUCAGGAGCAUCGUGUCCCCUCCCUGACGCCCCGCUGCAGCAGCUCAAGGGGACGGGGCGGGGUUGCGGGCCGCCGCGGGACAAUCGGGAGGAACGGACGCCCUCCGGCCCCACCACCCCUUGCUUUUCAUCCAGUCCUUCAGACCCGAGCCCUCCCCUCCUGGCGCAGGCAACCGAAUCCCGCCCUCCGCCCCCCG